AGUUCGCAAAACUUGGGUUUUUGUGACAUUAAUGGUCAGACCAGUGCAAGCACUUCAAACACAAUGGGGAUUAGAAAAGGGAUUCCUGCCUCUUUGAGAAGUGGGAUUGAUAGACCACUUGAUAUGUGUUGGAACCCUCCGAAUUCGAUGUUAAAAGGGGGGAUUUUCUUACCGAAUGGGCCGGCAGGGAUGCUGCCGCAGAGCUUGUCUCAGUUUCCAGCUGAUUCUGGGUUCAUUGAGCGUGCUGCGAGGUUUUCGUGCUUCAAUGGUGGUAAUUUUAAUGAUAUGAUGAACCCUUUUGUUGUUCCUGAAUCAAUGAGUCUUUAUUCGAAGGGUGGGGGAAUGAUGCAGUGGGCACAGGAGGUUGUAGCAGGUCAGGGGCCUAAAGCAAUGUCCAGCAAUGAGCUCAAUCAAGUAGGUGAUACUUCCAACGAGGUUUCUGUGCCUAUUGAUCAUGGAGCAACUGAUGGGAGCCCACUUAAGAAUGAGAAGAAAAGUGAGAGUCUUGUGAAGUCUCAUGAUGAAGUAAAGAAUGCAGUGGAUGGGUCUGGUAACGAGUCUGAUGAAGCCGAUUUCAGUGGUGGUGCAGAAGAGCCGUCUAUGAUGGAGGGUGCAGGUGUAGGACCUUCUAAAAGCUCUAAGAAAAGGAAGAGGAAUGGACAGGCUAAUGAACUUGAUCAAACCAAAACAGCCGCACAGCAACCUGGUGAAUCAACAAAGGAUGAUACUGAAAUGGUACAUAAGGGAGCUUCAACUACCAACAAGAUUUCCGGGAAACUUGUCAAACAAGGGUCUCAGACGUCUGAUCCACCUAAAGAAGAUUAUAUUCAUGUUAGAGCUCGAAGAGGCCAAGCAACAAAUAGCCAUAGUCUUGCAGAAAGAGUCAGAAGGGAAAAGAUCAGUGAGAGGAUGAAGUUUCUUCAAGAUCUUGUACCUGGAUGCAGCAAGGUAACUGGGAAGGCAGUGAUGCUUGACGAAAUCAUUAACUAUGUACAGUCCUUGCAACGGCAGGUUGAGUUUUUGUCAAUGAAGCUUGCAACAGUGAAUCCACGAUUGGAUUUAAACAUUGAAAGCCUACUAGAGAAAGAUAUGCUUCAGUCACGAGUUGGACCUUCAUCUUCGAUGGGAUUUUCUCCGGAUAUGCAUAUUGCCUAUCCUCCACUUCAUCCAUCUCAGUCAGGACUUAUUCAAGCAGGCCUUCCUGGGAUGGGGAGUACUUCUGAUUUACUUCGAAGGGCAAUGGGUUCACAAAUGGCACCUAUGACUGGAGGAUUCAAGGACCCUUCCCAGGUACCAAAUGUGUGGGAGGAUGAGCUCCAGAAUGUUUUCCAAAUGACUUAUGGAACCGGAACUCCCUCCAAUAGCCAAGAUGUGGAUGGUUCUGGUACACCAGGCCAUAUGAAAGUUGAACUUUGAUUAUACAAUUUCUGUUUGACAUAACGCUCAUACGGGCCCGUAUAUGCACAUUACUACCUUAAUGAAAUAACAAUCAUCAUGAUAUUCCUUCGUAUCACCGAGGAUGAUUAAGAUACCCUCUCAACACUCACCGCAGGCUCUAACAGUUGUGGACAUAUGACGCCUCUGGCUUGGAGAAUUCUGAGAAAUGUUGCAGAAGCAGUUGACAUGCUGAACAAUGCUUCCUAUGCAGCAGAGAGGUGACAUAAAUUGAUCAAUGGAGGGGCUUUGUUGCUCUCUGCUUCAACCAGACUUUUGUGGAUCACUGAUAUCAUGUAUAGAGAUAUAGAGAGACCAAAGCUGAGAUGGGGUCCUUGUUUCUUGGGGUUAAGAAUCUUAGUGAUGCUUUUGUUCAUUUUAGAAUUUAGAGUAAGAAUCUGUUUGUGUUGAUUAAUUCUGUAUCACCAAAUGUAAUGUAAUCCUCUCUUUCUGGGUCUUACCUCUAAUCAAAGUAAGGCUGUUCAUUUCCUCCCCACACC